CGAUCGGAUCGGGGCCGCGCGCGCAGGCAGUUGAGGCUGCUGCUGAUCAUCAUCACAGAAGCGUCACGUCACGGAUCCGCAGCGACAGCAGAGAUGCUGAGGUGACAGCAGAAGGAGAAAACGGACGAUCUCUGUCGGACAUAUUCGCCCUCCGCUCUGCCGUCUCCGGCCGCCGCCUCCCGACGCCCCGCUAUGGGAUUCCGCUCCGUGUCGUCCCCGCCGUAGAGGAUUUUUGUUGUAACCACACCCGGCUCUUUCUGUGGCUCGAGGAUUUGGCAGCGCAGACCCGAGGGUUCUCCAUCAGCUCCCAGAUGCCCGGCUCAGUGUGAGGCUGCCGGUCGAGGGGGGAAGCAGCGAGGACAGACAGACGGGAUGAGCGGGGGAGCAGAGCAAGCUGACAUCCUUAGCGUGCUCUCCCUGGUCAAGGAACGAUGGAAAGUGGUGAAGAAGAUCGGGGGUGGUGGGUUUGGGGAGAUCUACGAGGCACUGGACCUGCUGACGCGGGUCAGCGUGGCGCUGAAGGUGGAGUCGGCCCAGCAGCCCAAACAGGUGCUGAAGAUGGAGGUCGCCGUGCUCAAGAAGCUCCAAGGCAAAGACCACGUGUGUCGCUUUGUGGGAUGCGGCCGCAACGACCGCUUCAACUACGUGGUGAUGGAGCUUCAGGGUCGUAACCUGGCCGACUUGAGGAGGAGUAUGACUCGGGGAACAUUCAGCAUCAGCACCACCCUUCGUCUGGGUCGCCAGAUUCUGGAGGCAAUAGAGAGCAUCCACUCUGUCGGCUUCCUGCAUCGUGACAUCAAACCGUCCAACUUUGCCAUGGGUCGCUUCCCCAGUACCUGUCGAACCUGCUACAUGCUGGACUUCGGUUUGGCUCGGCAGUUCACCAACUCAUGCCAGGAAGUCCGACCUCCCCGUCCAGUGGCUGGUUUCAGGGGGACAGUUCGCUAUGCAUCUGUCAAUGCACACAAGAAUAAGGAAAUGGGUCGUCACGAUGACCUGUGGUCGCUCUUCUACAUGCUGGUGGAGUUUCUAGUCGGUCAGUUGCCUUGGAGGAAGAUCAAGGACAAAGAACAUGUGGGGAAGCUGAAGGACACUUACGACCACCGUCUGAUGCUCAAACACCUGCCGGCAGAGUUCGGUGUCUUCUUAGAACACAUCUCCACUCUUGACUACUUCACCAAGCCUGACUACCAGCUGCUUAUGUCAGUAUUUGACAACAGCAUGAAAACCUACAACGUUGUGGAAAAUGACCCUUACGACUGGGAGCGGACCAGCACAGAUGGCACCCUGACGAUCAGUGCCAGUGCCACGACGCCGCAACAUCACACCCGCCUCACUCCGGCACACAUGGGUAUGGCGAAUGCCUCCCUGAUCCCUGGAGACCUUCUGAGGGAGAACACAGACGAGGUUCUGCAGGACGAACAGCUCAGCGAUGUGGAGAACAACCCUGCACCCGAGCGCCUGCCGGGUUCCCCCCUCCACCCGCACCGCAACCAGGAGGCUGACGUCUGGGAGGAGCUGGAUCGCAACCGUAACCGCACCAGGACAGCAGUCUGGAAGGCGGCAACGGAGGAGGAACACAGCAACAACCAGUGCAACCAAGGUCACCAGAGCCCCUACACUGGACCGAGCCUGGGUUCCCCUGUCAAACUGCACUCUGAGGUGGUGGCUUCCGAUCGUGACGGUCCUCUGCUGAGGAAACUCCGCAACAUCCACAGUUUUGAGCUGGAGAGGCGGCUUGGUUUGGAGUCCAAACCCAGUCCAGAGCGCUUUGUGGACGCCUGUUCAGCAAAGCAGCAGCUUGGCACCCAGCACCAAGAGAAGGAAGCUGAUGGAGCUGCGAUCAUCCCAGUAACUCAGGGUCAAGCUGUAACUGCCGGGGAGCGUCCGGACAGGAUCUGGCACUAUGAUGAGGAGUUCCGGUCUGGUGGUGGUUCUCCUAAGCCAGCUUCCCCUGGAUCUUUGGAGCAGGGAGAGGGGGCAGUCAGCAGUGGGGGCUUCGUGGCCCUCAAUUUGAGCUCUGGGAGGCAGGACAUUGACUCAAGGGAGUGGGUAAUGGUGGAGAGGCCCAGCGGCUCCCCAGGAGCCAAAGCUACCACCAGCCCUUCAGAGGAGGAUGAAGAGCCAGAAGUGCUCCAACCAGAAGAACAGUCUCCUGGAUGGGAGAAGGGCAGCCCAAGCCCUAGCUCUGGAAAAGCUAAACAAGAAAGCACGGCUUCUUCCAAGGGAAGUGCAAAAAUGGACAAGUUGGAGCUUAGCGUGGGCCCUGUAGGGGCCCUGCCACCCGUCACUCCAACCAGCCCGGCUGAAGCUCUGGCUGAGGGAGUCCUGACUCAGCUCCCCACCUCUCCUCCGUCUCUGCCUGAGGAGGUCGCGGUCCGGACAUCCAGUCCCAUCCCUCUGCGCUCUCCCAGCCCUCACACCCUCCUGACCACCCUGUCGGACCCGCUGCACCAGCGCCAGCAGCCGGGCCUGAGGCGCAGCCAGUCGGCCGACCAGCAGCAGCAGGAACGCCCCUCCUCUUCCUCCUCCUGCCACGCCUCCCUACCUCUGCCAUCAAACCCCGCCCCUGGCACCCGCUCACCCAGUCGCAGGAAACUGCCGGCCAUCCCCGCUGGUGCUGCCAACACCAAGUUUCCCUCAGUCAUACGCAUCACCCGCGCCCAGCUUCAGCAGUUGACGGCUCAGCGCCCCUCUGGGCUGUCCUCCCAGUCGGGAUCAGACAGUGUUCCGCAGUGUCUCCUGCUGGAGAGGCGUGGCGAAGCUGAAACUGAUGCUCAGCAGCUCCAGGAGCAAACAGUGGACAUCAGCUCCCCACAGGACCACGUGCCCACCCACCCGGGGACACCAACGGACCCCCUGGCUGAGAUGCUGGUCAAUGGAGACAGCCACACCAAAGCUCAAAGUCCCGUGCCAAGCCGUGUGUCUUCCCCACGUUCGCCACGCUCGCCUCCACCGCGCUCGCCAUCCUCUCCACGCUCCCCUCGCUCCUCUCGCAGCCCCGUGUUCACCAACGGCCGCCUCUCUCCUUCUGUUAACAGCCAAAGGGAUUUAAGUAACGGAGCUUUCGCCAAGCUAAAAGACCCUGAGAAUGAUUCUGACCCUGCUCCCUGUGCCACAGAGCCUCAGUUUAGGGAGGAGGUGGGUGGAGGAGUGAACCCAGAGCAGCAGACCACCGGUCCGGCCUCUUCCUCCCCCUCUGCCCCCCGCAAAGUCCGCAGGCACAGUCGCAUCCCUGUCCUCGAGCCCUCCAGCCUGCUGGAGCUCCCUCCGCCGGGGUCCGCCAAGGAGAAACUCCUCCAGAAGAAAGCCAACCACCAGGGCCCGGUCCCCUCUCCCACUGCCUCACCGUCCCUCUCCGACCGGCGUGGCCCCAUGGUAGCCUCCCUCGCCAGGGAUCCGCUGUCCUCCACCUCUGACCGCUCUCAGGAUGAGGAUUCUCUGAUGGGCUCCCGCUCAGACCGUCAGGGGGAUGAUGCUCCGUCUCUGUCCUCCUCCUCCAGCCCUUUGUCCCGCAAGAGCCGGAUCCCUCGUCCUGUUCAUUCGGCCUCUUCUGCUGAGCAGCUGGCAUCCCAAUUCCUGCCACGCCCACCUCCUGGAAAACCGCCUUGUCGCUCCACUGUGGAGGGCAGGCUCAGACGCUACCGCAUCCGAGCCGGCAGCACCAGUGACUCAGACCUCCUGACAUGCCUCGCUCAGCUGAUGCAUGGUUCCCGCGGCUCUCCCCUCCACCACCGCUCCUCCACCCAGCACGGCGGCUCCAGGAUGGGCAUCUGCAGCCUGACCAGCUCUCCGCACCACCACCGCAGCUCCAGCGCCUCCCCGCGCAGCUCCUCCUCCCUGCAGCGCUCCGUCAGCUCCUCGCCCUCCCGCCACGAGCACCGCGGCGGCGGGGGAGGGGGCUGCCUGGGCCGCAGCCGCUCGCCUCCCAGCUUCUCCGGCUCGCCGCCUCCCCGCCGCUUCUACCAGCACCACCAGGAGAGCUGCUGCAGCCGGCAGGCACGCACCGGACCCUUCCACCUGUCCAGGGGCAAAGGCUGCAGCCGGGAGGGCAAGUGCUCCAGCAAGCUGAGCAGAUAGUCGCCCACCGGGUUAGUGUUGCCAUAGCAGAGGAUGGGAAGACUCCAGUUAGGAUAGGCACCAGUCAGGAUAAAAGCCUGAGUCUUCCUAUAUAAUCAAAAAAAUAACUUGUUGCCCUUUCAUUUUGCUGUUAGUCUGAACUUUCCACAUCUCACUGAUUCCCAGUGCUCUCUUUAAACCUUAGCAUGCAGGGUUUGUCAUUCAUUUAUGUACCCAGCUAGCCUUUCGAGUGGUACUCCAGCGAUUUAGCUCAGCAUUAAAGCUGCUAGACUUGUGAAAGACAGAUUUUUCAAAAGAGGAGUGAAACUCUGUGUGGCAGAAGCUGAAAUAUCUUGAACUGGAAAAAACGCUGGUUCCUUGCAUGAUUUAUUACUCCAUGAUGUAACAGAGUCACAGAGGACUUUAUACAUACAUCCACAGGCUGGAUGAUGAUACAUAUCGAGCAAACUGAACUAGUUAACGUUUCGUUUUAUGUCCAAUACAACGCUGGAGACCAAAAAGUGAAGCUCUAAAAUGAAACAGUUGCCGUGUUGAAAUAGUGGGCACAUAAAUGAAUGCUUCUCCUGCAUAUUCAACUUGGUUCCAUCCUGCAACACAACUUAUAGUAGCUUAUUUAUCCCCAGUAUUAAUGCACUUGAAUCAAACUGAUGGAAUUUCAGUGUAGCUGAUAAAUUAGAUAUUUGGCUGGGGGUCGACUCAGUUUUCUCCUCUGCUUUUGGAGACAUUGCAGGCAGGGUAUAUUUGCUUUAUGCUAAAUGUGAACGCGUAAAGCCAGAAUUUUGUGUACAGCUGUAUUUAUUGAGAUAUUUAUUUUGAUGCUUAGCGACGCUUACGACUCCUACCCUUCUUCCGUGUGAUCGUGGAUGUGCGGUUUUGUGUCACUCGCGUUAGUUUUUAGUGUUUAAAUCGAAGGGAUUGCUCCAAGUGAGCCUUUAUACAAUCAAUCGUGUAAAGUGCGUGAGGACACACACCUUUUUGUGCCUACUGUGUUGCUAGAGAGGGGAUUUAAUCUGAACGGAGGGAUUACAGGUUUGAAAAGCAAAGCUCCUUUUUGGAUCUUAGUGCAUUUUUCAGUGUUGUAGUAGCAGUAGUAAGCUUAAACAACAUAAGGUGCAUUACUGAUGGGUAAUGUCCAGACACAGAUGUUUGUCUCAGUGUGUGCCUUGGCACUUUGGGCAGCUCAAGGAUUCACUCUGGUGUGUUUGUAAUUCGAAAAAAACAACGACAAAGGAGCCAAAAACUUGACUUGUGCCAGCGGUUAUAAGACAACCCUUUUCAUUAGUGUUCAUUCAUGUAGAAAAGGUAGCAACACAAACGUUUGUAAAUCAAACACAAUUUGAGCAGCAGUUUACUUGAGUACAGAGUAGCUCUUAUUUGUAAUGACAAAAAAAACAGCAAGUAUUUCCUGUUUUAGCUGUCCUGUGUAAAUACCAGGUCAGUGUUUGAGAUUAAACUCUGAACAAAUGUGAAUUUCAGACCUCAAAAAUACACAUUUUGUCAAAUGUUGCUAAAAACGGAGGCCAUAUGUACAUAUAUUUCUCACACCAAAAUGAUGUUCCAUGCCUCCAUGUGCAAGAAUGUUUUUAUUUCAUUUGUGUUUCUCUUGUAUUUAAUAAAAGUACAUACAGUAUGUUUGUGCACAAGUCCAAGGAAUCGGUUUUGUGUUUAGUUUAGGAUUCCUCUCCUCCACAACCUCUUCCCACUCCUCUGCUUGUAAGAUACUGUAAAAUAACUUCAGCUUCCUUCCAGUGCUACUCUUUGCAUGCUUCAACAGAAAAAAAAAUCAACUACUGAGUAAAAAAGGCUGCAUACCACUUAUCACAUAGCAUUUACCUUGUGGAGAUUUGAACCCGGCAGGGGAUUUCCCUACCUGUUGGGUGAGCAAAUUUAAUUUCCGUGACUCUGUAUCUUCUCUGACUCAUCUUUAAUAUUCAUUUCCCCACCUGAUGUUAGUUUUUCAGCGCUUCCUGCACUGACUUGGGAUGAUUGCAUGCGCUGGAAUGUGAUGUUUUUUUUAUCAGCGCAUCGGGUAUAUAUAUAUAUAUAUAUAUUUAUAUAUAUAUAUAUAUAUAUAUACAUGCGAUGCACCAAAUGCAUAUUUAGCAGAAAGAGGAAAAGAGGAAUAGACUGAUGGCCUCUCUUAAGGUAUCGCUGCACACGUGGACGAAAAAUAAAUGAUAUUGCCAAAUAUUUUGAUCGAUUUUGCGGAUGUGGUUCAAAUUGAGAUUGUGGUAAAUAAGGGAGAUGGAAUGGGGCACUUUGCUUUGUAGAUAUAAACCUGUUUUUGUUUGCAGAUCUUGCAGGUACCUACGCUAGCCUCACAGAGCAGCUAUGAUGACUCAUCCUGAAGGCAGACAGCGUUCAGUCAGUCAGCCGCCUUAAUGUCUCUUCUCUGCCCCUCUGUGCGUAGCGAGGGAUGACUGAGCCUUGUCUGUGUUGGAGAUCAUUCCACUAUUAGGCCGAGCCAAGCCUUUUCCCUUCACUUUCCCUCUUGUCUGUAAAUGGCAUGUGCUGCCGUGCCUGUCAGCGUGGGCAGUAUAUCACCACUGGAAAUCACAGCUGACUGGCUUUUUUUGUGCUUACAAAGCCAGAAGAGCUCCCCACCCCACCCGCCCCCUCUGUUUUUGUUUUUUUUUUCUGUGAGAAUGCAUUUAUUGAUCGACUGGUGGGAAUCGGUGAAUAUUUUCAGGGUGCAUUAUUUCGAGGUGUGUCUGUUUGUUAGUGUGUGCUCUCGAGCAGGGCUGUGCAAUUUCUUACGUCGCCAGCAAUCAACUCUCUCCCGCUCUCAAAACUCUCGAUUUCGGGGCUCACGAGAUUUCAAGCUAUUUCAAAGCAAGUUCAGAAACGCUGUUGUGCAGACUUUUAAUAUGUACCUGUAAAAUAUUCAAAGUAAUAUUUAAAUAAAAAGAUCAUUAUUGUACAACCGUAACUUAUACGCUAACAGGCUUCAAUGGAAACGGGAGGAACAGACACUAAACAAGUGCUGCUGGUUUUAAGAGAUAAUCAGAUUUCUUCUCAUGAUUUUGUUAUUAUUGCACAUAAGUGGUGUGUAGUCGUAGUAUUAGUGUUCCAGACGAGAUUUCCUUUGUCACUUUUUUAAAAAAGUGGCUCGCUGAUAGAAAGGUGUCAUAUUUAUAGUAGCUUGUUGGUGUUUGUGGUUCCAGGAAACCACUGACCAACGGAACAAACCCAGCUGUUUUAUUUCAUUUCGAGAAGUGAGAUGGAAACUAAUAAAAGCUUUGGUGUGCACUUGUACACUUCUCAUGUCAUAACAUUGGAUUACUUGUUACUAACUUAUAAAUACUUGACAAAAAUUAUUUAUUGUGACAUUUGCUGAUUUGCUCAUCCGUCAUUCUGACUUUGAUUUUUUUUUUUAAUGGUUGAUAUUUUUGUGUUGUAAUGUACGUCAUGGUUUUGAAAUGUAACUGUACAGUCUCAAGGAAAGAAUGUAACGAGUGGGAGUUUUGCAUUGUAUAUACCUGUAAUUAUUUAUGUUUAUUCUAUCAUUUGUAUCAUAUCAAUGCCUUGUACAGUGUUUUUUUUUCUUUUUGUUUUAAAAUUAUUUUGUAUUUUAUUUUUAUAAACUGGUUAUAAAUAAAAUACUCAUUCCGCAUGCAGACAGAA